AUGCAGACUGCGCUUGCGUCGCGGACCCCACGCCUUGCUGAGUUCCGGGACCGGUCUGUGCUCAAAGCCCUCAGAUGCAUCCGCCUCACCUAAAGCAAAUGCAGAAGACCCCAGCCCUGGGUGGAGGCGGGUAACCUCCAGACUCGCUCCCGGGCUGGAGGAAAUCCGGUGCCCCUCUGCCGAUAGAGGCAAUCCUAGACAGUCUCACUGGACAAGAGCUGCAGCCUCUGCCACCGUGCCAGCUCUUCCACAAGAAGCUUAGCUUGCUCUCGAAGUGGCUCUUGAAGCUGUUUACUGGAUUGUGCAGUUAUCGCCCAUUCGUGGAACAGUUGACAAGGUAGCCUUCAUGGCCGUUCCACAUCGUUCUCAGGAAACUUCCUAUCUGCUGCCUCCAAAUCCUGAGGACUGGGAGGAGCACGGCAUCCCGGACUUUGUCUACGGACAGAAGGAUCUCGUCAGCAAGGAAAUUCAGUGGCCAAAGAAUUCACCCAGCGCUCUGAACUCACUUCCACUGUCUCGCUUUGACUCUGCCCUCUGCUCUGCAUGGAGGCAGCGGGUGGAGCUCGGCCUGUUUCGAUACCGCCUCGAAGAUCUGCAGACCCAAAUCCUCCCUGGCUCCGUGGGGUUUGUAGCUCAGCUGAAUAUAGAGCGAGGGAUACAGAGGAGGCGCCCCCAAAAUAUCAAAAGUGUGAGGCAGGAGUUUGACCCGGAACAGUUUAACUUCAAUAAAAUCCAACCCGGAGAAGUCCUUUUCCGUAUGCAAAGGGAGCCUAACGGCCCAGCUGCUCCAAAGCAAGAAGACGUCCUUGUAGUGAUCAAUGUCAGCCCCCUGGAGUGGGGCCAUGUGCUGCUGGUACCCACACCUACUCAUGGGCUUCCUCAAAGGCUGCUACCCGGAGUGUUGAGGGUGGGGUUAGAAGCUGUACUACUGAGCCAGCACCCAGGCUUCCGGGUCGGCUUCAACAGCCUGGGAGGUCUGGCUUCUGUGAACCAUCUUCACCUGCAUGGCUACUACCUGGCCCACCCACUGCCUGUGGAGGGAGCGCCAAGCACACCCCUGGACCCGAAAGGCUAUAUACAUCUGUUGCAAGCCCUCCCAGCUCCUGGCUUCCUCUUUUACACGAGUGGGCCAGGGCCUGAUUUGGAAGCGUUAAUUAGCAGGGUAUGCCAAGCUACUGACUACUUGAGUGACCAUGAGAUUGCCCAUAACUUAUUUGUAACCCGGGGAGCUCCACCCGGGCAGGCAUCAUCUACCUCAGACCUCAGUGGGAUCCGAGUCAUUCUGUGGGCCCGGAAGUCCAGCUUUGGAAUUAAGGAAAGUGGAGCUUUCAAUGUUGCCCUCUGUGAGCUGGCCGGCCACCUCCCUGUCAAAACAUCUCAGGACUUCAGCAGCUUGACCGAGGCAGCUGCAGUGGCCCUCAUUCAGGACUGUCUGCUGCCCCAAACUCAGGCAGAUGAGGUACAGGCAGCGCUGGUGGCCCUGAUGGCCCAGGAAGAGCAGUGAUCCUUCAGGAGCGUUUUCUUUGCUGACUGACUGGAGGCCUUUUCCCAAAGGCUGUGGUCAGUCCAUUUGUGUAUUUCAGGUCAUGACUGCCUUCCCCACCUCCCACUUAAGGACUGCAAAGAAAGCACUGAGUGAAUGUGUUCUCAUGAA